AAAAAUUGGACCGUUUGAUUGAGGAGGAAGAUUCUGUUUUUCAAAGAAUGAUUGAAUCAUAAGCUGAUGGUGCUUCUUUCAUUUGGGGAAUAGAUGGGAUUCAGCUCACCGCGUACAAGCCUUGUCUUGGCAAGUGACGAUGCCAUUUUUAGGAACUGCGCUUGGACCAGUUAUUGGAAGCGCACUAGUUGAAUCAUCUCUUGGCUAUCGAUGGAUCUUUUGGGCCAUUAUGAUUUUUAGUGGCGCAACAUGGUUCUUAAUUCUGUUCACAAUGCCAGAAACGUAUUCCCCCAUUCUCUUAGCGAAAAAGGCCAAAAGGUUAAGGGAAACAACAGGAGAUAUGAAUUUCUAUGCUCCACAUGAGAAGGAAGAUUGUUCAACCAAAGGGAUUCUUCGAAGAACGAUAUUUCGUCCAGUUGAGAUGAUGCUAACCGAGCCUAUACUCCUGCUCAUUGUGACAUACCUUUCAAUUGUUUGUGGAAUGCUCUACAGCCUCCUUGAGACGUUUCCUAUCAUCUGGCAAGACAUCAGGGGAUUCAAUUCACAUGAGACUAGUAUGAUAUUCAUCGGACUGGGAUUCGGAUCUGUCUUGGGAAGAUUCCUCCAAGUGUUUCUUGCACGCCCGAUGAAGAGAUUAGUGCUUGAAUGGCAGGGUAAUCCUCCGUGUGAGAUGAAUCUGUAUGGAGCCAUGUUUGCAGGACCAUUUUUUGUUGGUGGAAUACUUUGGCUAGGUUGGACCGGUGCUUACGCCCAUAUACCCUGGUGGGUACCCGCGUUAUCAACUGUUUUUCUUGGAAUGUCGUUCAAUCUAGCGUAUAUCUCCUUGCAAUGCUACUUGGUCGACGUUUAUCUUACCCACGCAGCCUCAGCGCUUGCUGCUUCAACAAUCUGCCGAGCUAUUGUUGGAGCUGUGGUUCCACUUUUCACACGUCAGAUGUAUAUUGGACUUGGGACACAAUGGGCCUGCACACUCACUGGCUGCUUUGCUUUAAUGAUUUCUGUUUCACCCUUCAUCUUCUACAAGUAUGGCGGAAGACUGAGGGCCAAUUCAAAAUUUUCGCAGGCUUUGGAUCUCAAGAUGAAGGAACGCUUUCGUGCGGAGGGGAAAAAACAAGGGUCUGGGCCUGGCAGUCGUGGAUUAGAGCCCAAAGUUCAUGUUUAACUAAAACACAAAACUCAUUUCUCUUUAGGAAAAGCAUCUAAUCUUGAAUCAAAAUGAACACAUUUGCCUGACUUUUCGUGUGUAUCAAUGUCGCAGGGGGUUACCUGACUUGACAAUCGACAAUUAUCAACAAAGAAUCUUGUGUUUUUGGAUAGAUCAUCCCUUAUUUAUAAAAAAAACAUUACCCAUAUUCAUAAACCUGAGAUAGUAAGAUCAAAAAUUAAAAAUACACAAAAAAGUACAAUUGAUUAUCUUGAAUCUUUAUUAUUUCUCUUGUGUUAUGAAAAACAAAACUGCUUCUUUUGAUUU